AACUCAAAACAGUUCAUUUUUAGACAUCGAUGCGAGCGCGUUUUUCACUGGGCCAAUAACAAAACGAAAUGUUGUGCGACAGAGAAAAAAACAAAAGAAAAUUAAGAAAAAUUUAUUAAAGAAAAUUUUUUGUUGAAUAUAUAAAAGAAAAUUGCCCAAUACAUAUAGAUAUUUCAAAACGAAUAGAAUAGAGAAAAAAAUUAUGUGAAAAAAUUAAUAUUUAAAAAAAAUAAAUGAAAAUUUUGAAAAAGUAAAAAAUAUUAAAACAAAUCAAUAUUUCGAAGAAAAGUCCUUAAAAUUUACGAAAAAUAAUCUCAAAACACCUAAGACUGUCGAAUUCGAGUGACUGAAAAUUAAAACCGCAUUUAUGAAAUUAAAAACCAAAAUCAGCGAUUAAAACCCUAAUGCAGUAUUAAAACCUAAAAAAUACGAGAUAUGAAUUCAAUAAUUAAUCCGUAUUGAAAAGUAUCGCAAAGAAACAAAAGGAUUAAUACGAUUUGAAAAAAUCUGUAACGGAAAAAAAAUCAAAAAUGGAUCGCGAAUAUCGCGAAGAACCCUCGACUUCGUCUUCCUCACAUGUGCGCCGCAGACGUCGUGUGGGUCGUUCAAUGCGUGAAAAGACCCCCGAUGCCAGUCAUCACCGUCAACGCUCCUCUGAGGAUGAAAGUAGUUUCGUGGAUGGCAGUGAACGGUCGGGCGGUGGCGGUCAACUUGUCAGCAUGCAAAUACGACCUCCACAGCGUACUCUCUCCGCUCAUGAAAGUAAAAUCUUGCGACGCCGCGAUAAGACCUUUGCCACUGCCUCGGCCAGAUCACACUCACAGCCCAGAGAAGCGGAGAAACUUUCCGAACCCGAGGCCAGUGAAUUGAUAAGGACUGUCAAGAGAAGUUUGUCGAUGCCGCGUAACAAACAAUUGGCGGAUUCCAGUGAAACUGAAAUGAUGACCAGCGAUAGGGCCCUAUCGCCGGAGGCCAGGGUGGCAAGGCAACCACAACCUGUACAAUCAACGGCAGAUGAGAAUCUAUCAAGGCUAGAAGCCAAUCUAAGGCGUUUUGAGGAGGAACGUAAACGUUUCGAGUCGGAGAAGCGACUCUUUGAGCUGGAGAAGAGAGAUCACAAGAUGAGGUAUAAACAAAUGAUCGACAGUGAAGAGAGGAAACGUCUGCUCCAGAACUAUCGUAAGCUGAGUGAUCGCAUAAAGCUACCGCAAGAUGCUGAGGAGAGAAGGAGAUUGAUUCACAGUUUAAGAUUGGAUCGCACCGAGGCAAAUGUGCCGGCGCCGAGAACACUUCCCCAAAGACGCAAUCGCCACAGUGGCUGUUAUGAGGAGUCAUCGACUCAGUUUUCCUCCUCGGAGAAUGAAAUGAUGGAGGAAAGAAUGGCCAAGCAAAUGUCUCCGGUGAGAAGGCACAACAGUGCCUUGGCUACGGCCAGUGUUAGGGGACCACCGCCCCAGCCGCCGGUGCGUAAGGCUGCCAGCCGUAAUAACUCCUUAUCGCCGGUAAGGCAAGAUCCUGGCUCUCGCAAGAGUUCGCUGUCGCCCAUGAAGCCAGCUUCGCGAAAAACCUCUCUUUCACCCGUUAGGAAUACGCUGAGUCGCAAUAACUCAUUGUCUCCGGUAAGGCCGGCUCGACGUUCAAAAACUCCCGAGCAAAGGGCGGAGUUGGAGAGGAAACACAGCCUUAGAGAGGUACAGGCUGCGCAAGAGACCACUUCCACAGAAGUGGAAAAUGAACUGAGACAUAGGAAAACUAGGAGGCAUGAGCCUCAACACGAUGUGGAGGUUAGGAGGAAACAUAGUCUGGAGUUAGAAAAGCGGCGGGCAAGUUUGGAGUCACAAGACAAGGUGGAUAGUGGUGCUGUACCGAAAGCUCUCCCAAAGGAACAUGAAGUUGUUGUCAUCAAAACAACACCGGAAAAGAAGAAAUCGCCAGUUGGAGAGGAGGAAACAAAACAGGAGCAGUUGCAAAUCCCAACCUCUGCAGAGAAACCCUCUUUCCUGCGACGAUUGUUUGGACGUUUCCGGAAGACGAAACCUGAAGUCACCGCAACCACCAAUGAACCCCCCAAGGAACAGGAACAGCUUUUAGCUCAGCCUCAAAUUCCCAAAGACAAUGAAAUACCCGACAAAUUGUUCUCUUGGGCCUUCCUCAAAGUAUUUCUCUCCGAGGCGCGCCAUGACUGGCGCGUCAUGAAAUCGAAUCAUCCGCAAGAGCUAAAGGAAAUGAAAAAGCUGCGAAACAAAUGCUUCGCCCACACCAUUGUUUUGAUUCUACUCAUCGGCUUCGGUGGCCUUAUGUUUCGCUAUACCGAAGGCACAUCCGAGGACAUAUACAAAUGUGAGGUGCGCAAGGUGAAACGGGAUUUCAUCGAUCAUCUGUGGACCGUGUCGCACAAUAUGAGAGAGGAAGAUUGGAAAACCUUGGCCCGUUCUAAGCUGCGCAAAUUCGAAGAGGAAUUACACACCAUGGGCGCCAUGGGUAUACGUUAUUUUCCCGGCCAACGUUCAUGGAAUUUUGUCAAUUGUAUUUUGUACUGCUGGACUGUGAUAACAACAAUUGGUUAUGGCCACAUAACACCGAAAACCACCCUGGGUCAAUCGUUGACAAUCGCCUACGCCAUUAUUGGUAUACCGAUCUUCUUGAUACUCUUGGCGGAUUUUGGUAAACUCUUUACGCGUAUCAUUAAAUUCGUUUGGGGCUAUGUGCGGCGUCUGUAUUAUACGGGUACAUGCCGUAAAAUACGCAAACAGCAACAGGUGCGCGAUGCCAUGAAUGGCGUUUCGAUGAUGUACGACGCCGCCAUACGUCGACCAAGCCAAUUUUUUGGUAUUACUGCAGAGAGUGAUGUCGAAUCGCAGAUUUCGGAUGCCAAUCGUUCAUCGCAUCCGGAUACACCGACAUCACCGUACCCCGAGACCAUUGUCGUGGAUGAUGAAUUCAAUUUACCCAUAUCGUUGGCUUCGAUUCUGCUGAUUGGUUACAUUUUGGUGGGUGCCUUUGUCUAUCACAUCUGGGAGGAUUGGACCUAUAUGGAGGCCUUCUAUUUCGUCUUCAUUUCCAUGUCGACAAUUGGUUUUGGUGACCUAGUGCCGGAUCAUCCCAUUUUCAUGAUGUGCAGUAUCAUCUACUUGGUCUUUGGUUUGGCUCUCACCUCUAUGUUCAUUAAUGUGGUGCAAAUUAAGCUGAGCGAUACCUUCAAGGAUGCCAGUGCCAAGAUUGGUGCCACAAUUGGUCUUGGCGUGCCCAGUGAAGUGGGUGAGGAGGAUUCAACAGUGAAGACGCCAUCUGAUCUAGCCUCGGUUCAUGGUUCCCGUUUGGGCACAAUCGAUGAGGGAGAAAAUGAACCAUCAUCGCCAAUGCCACCACGUCCGCUGACCUCGAUUUUGCGCAACAAUAAUCGUCCAAAUUCACCGCAAGAAAGUCAAGAUGAAUUGGCAACCAGUGAUGCCGAGGCCCAACCACCACCGCUAUUGCCACGCCGUCAGGUCUCAGUGGAAUCACCACCACCCCCAGAGAAGAAGAAAAAGAGACGUUUUUUUAAAUAGAGAGGAAAAAACUAAGUAGAACUUUUGGGCUUUAGUAAAUAAGAGAAAAUGCGAAAACUCAGUGAAAUUUAUAGGCUUUAGUUUAAAUUAAUAGUUACGGAAAACAAAAAAAAAAAAAAAAAAACAAUCAGAGUUGCCAUAUCAUUGCAAAGCAAACCAUUAUCAUAAUCAUCAGUGUUGCAUUUUAAGCGAGAAAAAGGAAAAAAAUAAAAAAAAAUGGGAGAUAACUUUUGGAGAAAAAAAAAUAGGAAAAGUUUCGAUAACUGGGAUUCAAUAAACAUAGGCUUUGCAGGAUUUUUGAAUUAGGGCCAUAUGCCCUGAAUAAACCUUAUUCAAUAUUAUAUUCCUUGUAUUAUGAACAAUUAAUUCCCAGAAAAACGAAUAGAAUGUCUAAAAAAAUAAAAUGGGAAAAAUGGCGCCCAACGGUAAAUAUAUACCAAUUUCCGAAGAACUCUGAAACAGAUGGCUAUAUGAAUGAAGUGUGGAAUUGUAUCCCUGAGAAAAUCUACCGAAGGAUUGAUCCCAUAGGCCGUAGUAAAAUAUUAAAAGAAAGAAAUGGGCUAUUUUUUUUUCUGAAUCUUGACUAUUUUUGAAUUUUAGCCUUUUUAUAAAAAUGUCGAAUUGGGCGCCAUUUUCAUAUUUUUUUUUUCUAUUCUUUCGAAUACUUGAAAAGUUGUUCGCUUCUUGAGCGUCAUUUUUCAACUACAACCAUACCUUUUUCCCAAACCCAUAUCAUUGACAAUUUUCUUAAGGCUAAGUGAAUCAAAUUUUGAAUGUUUAUCUCAAGAUUAAAAAAAUUGAGAGCCAGAAAUAUUAUCCAAAAACCAAUCGCAAUUAAUUCCCAGAAAAACAAAUAGAAUAUCCUCAUAGAAUCUAAAAAAAUAAAAUAUAAGGCAGUAGUAAUAUAUUGAAAGAAAGAAAUGGACACAUUUUGUUCUGAAUCCAGGCUUUUUUUAUUAAAAUGUCGAAGUGGGCUCCAUUUCCAAAUUUGUUGUUUUAUUUUUUCGAAAACUUUUUCCCAAACCCAUAUCAUUGACAAUUUUCUCAAGACUAAGUGAAUUAAAUUUUGAAUGAUUAUCUCAAGAUUUAAAGAGUUGAGAGCCAAAAAUAUAAUCCAAAAACUGUUCGCCAAAUUCGGCCCCUUUUCAAAAAUUUCAGUUUUCUGACAUUUCAGAAACGGCGAAUAGCAGCUAAUAACGUUAGGCACCUUUUGUGUCAAGGUUGAAAACAAAAUCUUCAAAAAACCUGAGAUCAUUGGUAGAUUUUUUUUUUAAAAAUUAAGUUUUCCAGAUCUGGAAAACUCAUGAAUCUAGUUUCAUGAUUCCUCCAUUUUUUCCCUUAUAUCAGGUUAUGUCAGGAUAUUUUACACAGAAUUCCAAAAUCUAUAAAAAUACUGAUCGCCUACCUCAUGCUCCCUGACAAGAAUUUGAGGCCGUUAUGCUCAAUUUUCAAAAAAGGAAAAUCAUAGUUUGAUGCCAUGUACCACAAAUAAUCGCCUAAAACUCCAGUACCCCUUAAGAGGUACUGCAAGUGUCUUCAUAAUAUUUGCUUCAUUUGUACAAAUGUGUCCUAAAUUUUAGGAACCCGUAUACAAAAUUAAUCACAUUCUUAAGAAUUAUGAAUUCUUAAUUUUUUUCUUUCUUAAAAUUUGCAAUCAAUUCUUAAAAAUUGCAAUCAAUACCGCGUGGGCGCCACUUUCCAAAUUUGAGGCGGUUAUGACCAAUUUCCAAAAAAGGAAAAACAUAGUUGGAUGCCGUGUACCACAAAUAAUCGCCUUAAACUCCAGCACCCCUGAAGAGGUACUGCAAGUGUCUUUAUAAUCUUUGCUUCAUUUGUACAAACGUGUCCUAAAGGAUUAUGGAAGGAUUAUGAAUUUUUUCUCACAUUGCGAUCAAUACCGCCCCACUUCCCAAAUUGUCAUAUUCAGCUUUGGCAGCCAAAAAGAAGUAUUUUUUUAUUAUUUCAAUCGAUUAACAAAGAAAAUUUGUUAUCCCGUUGGGCGCCACUUUGUAAAAACACCAAACGCAUCCUUGAAAAUAAUUUGCGAGACCUAAAUCUAAGGAGAACUCAAAUAAAAAUAUAUUUUUUUAAUAAAAUUAAAAUUUCUCAAACUACAAACAGCAUUGCUUGGGCGCCAAUUUCACAAAAUACCUCGGCGAUACCUCAAUUUCCACAAAUGGCCACAGGCCAUAGCACAGACAAAUUUUGCAAGUGAAUUGCUCUCAUUGUUACAGCCAAUCAACCGAGUUUAAUAGUAGGGAUAUUUAAUUACCCGUUGGGCGCCAUUUUCUAAAAAAUUCAAGAUCACAUUUUUAAAAAAAUGUUGGAGGUAUUUUGUCAUGUAUGGUGUACUAAAUGGUAGGAGACUUCAAACCCAAAUUGUUCAAAGUUAUAAUUAUUUCUAAAACAACAAUAGAUACAGCUUGGGCGCCACUUUCAAAUAAUUCCUUGAAAAUUUUGUGGAAUUCAAGCAAUUAAAAAAAAAAAUAGAAAUAUAAUCAUGUUUAUAUAUUUGAAGGUAUUUUCAACCAGGCUACGAUCAUACUUUUUCUCACAGAAAAUAUAUGUAUUUUCUCGUUGGGAGCCACUUUUAAAAAUCAUAAACUCUUUAGAUGUUAUUUUGGUAACCGGAGCUUAAGAACUGCAAAAAAAACUUUAAGGGAUCCACCCUCAGCUUUCGCUUCCAAAACUAUUAUCAAUGGUGUAUUAGAGAUUAUUUAAAUAUAUUUCGAGGUCUUGGCGGUUUCAAAAAUUUAUGAAUACUAUACAUAUUAGACUUACAUUUAGGUCAUUCUCACUUCGAACAAGAAUAUUUUUUCUAUUUGGGCGCCAUUAUUUCAAAUUCUUUGAAUCUCUAUCUCUCCUAUCCACAAUGUAUUCGCCGUCUUCGUCAACUGUCUAUAGAUUCAACAUCGAAUCCUUAUGAACAAUAAGAGGUUAUUUCAAUUUCCGAUUUCAGUAGGAAAUCUUGGUAUACCAUUAUAGACUUAAAAUCUCGCUUUUCAUAUUCGAACUUUUCACCCUAUGCAAAAAAAU